CUGUUUAUUUCCGGUGACAAGCGGAAGUAGAAACAGGGGGCUUGUGGAGGUGACCGAAUGGUGGACGGCUGCAUUUGGGAAAUAUUACAGAAUUAGCCUGCAUAUAGCAUACAGUAAUUUAGCUUUAGGUGUAUACACAUCGUCGGUGCCAUGGGAGCUCACCUGGGCAGACGGUACAUCACCGAGAGGGACACCGAGCCCGACCCCUCCAAAAAGUUCGAGUUCGACCCCGAGUUUGGUUUCGGAGAGAGGAAAGAGAGAGAGAUGGUAGCAACUCAGGAGCAGAUGAACUUGGCCCAGCUUCCUCUGAAGCAGAGGGACUACUGUGCCCAGUACCUCCUGAAACUCAUGAAGUGCAAGAGGGACAACUGGCCCAACUUUCUGGCCUGCAAGCACGAGAGACACGACUGGGACUAUUGUGAACACCAGGACUAUGUGAUGCGCAUGAAGGAGUACGAAAGAGAGAGGAGGCUCCAGCUGAGGAAGAAGAAAAUCGAGGCUCAGGCUGAAGCUGCAUGAUCAGUACAUCCUCUGAUUCUUCACCUUCUCUGUAUAUAUGUGCUGCCGUUCACAAUAAACAAUAUUGUUUAAGCUCUACAA